UUUUGGAGAUAAAUCCGCUCGGAUCCUUCUGAAAUUCGGAUUUUUAGGAGAGAAAUCUGCUCGGAUCCUUCUGAAAUUUGGAUUUUUGGGAGAUAAAUCUGCUCGGAUCCUUCUGAAAUUUGGAUUUUUGGGAGAUAAAUCUGCUCGGAUCCUUCUGAAAUUCGGAUUUUUAGGAGAGAAAUCUGCUCGGAUCCAUCUGAAAUUUGGAUUUUCUUUGGACACAAAUCGGAUUUUUCUUGAUCCUGUGGAAUUUCACGCCUGGCUCCUUGAGCCCAACCUGGUGAAUUUGGAUUUUUUCCCAACACAAAUCCAGGCUUUUUUUGGUCCUGACUCCUGAAUCCAGACCUGGAAAAUUCGGAUUUUUUUUUUUUUUAAUUAAUUUUCUGUUAAUCCAGAAGGAUUUUACACCCAUCUCCUCCAUCCUGACCUGACAAAUUCAGAUUUGUUUUAUUUAAUUAUUUUAUUUUUAUUUUAUUUUAUUUUAUAUUUUAUUUUAUUUUAUUUUAUUUUAUUUUAUUUUAUUUUAUUUUAUUUUAUUUUAUUUUAUUUUAUUUUAUUUCUUUUCAUUCAUUUCAUUUCAUUUCAAUUGAUUUAAUUUCAUUUUACUUUAUUUUAUUUCGUUUUAUUUCAUUUUCAUCUUAUUUCAUUUCUUUUUCAUUUUGCUUCAUUCCAUUUUAUUUAAUUUCAUUUUAUUUUAAUAUAUUUAAUUUUCUUUCGUUCCAUUCCAUUCCAUUUCACUUCAUUUCAUUUUAAAUCCUGAAUCGCUUCUCCUCCCCCGGUCCCGCCAUGCGCUCCCGGCCGCUGCUGCUGCUCCAGCUGUGGCUCCAGCUGUGGAUCCUGGCGGCCGGGCGGGGCAGGAGGGGCCGCAAGGAACGCCCGGAGCCGCUGGACGCGUCAAUGGUCGGCAGCGAGGAGCGCCCCAAGCUCCUGGAGUCUCCGGACCCGCGGAUCACGGAUCCCCGCAGGACCUGGAUCUCCUUCGUGCACCGCCCCGACGACGGAAACAAUUCCAAGAGGAGAUGCAAAGGGAAAGACAAGAAAUUGCGAGGCCUGGUUGGGCCUCCGGGGCCUCCUGGGCCUCAGGGGCCUCCAGGGCCUGAAGUCACCAGGGAAUUUCUUCUGCAGGAAUUCAAGGAGAUCUUAAAAGAAGCCAUGGAACACCGAGCCUCCCUGUCCAUCCCCUCCCACCCCAGCCAGCUGCCCCCGGUGCUGCAGUCCCUGCAGGAGCUCCCAGCCCAGCCCCAGCGCCGCCUGGACCAGGCUUUCCACUGCCAGCUCAAAGGCCAGGUGGUGGUGGACAAGAAGACCUUGGUGGAGCUGCAGAAUUUCCAGUCGCCCGUGGCCAAGGGCUCGUUCCUGCGGGGCACGGGUCUGGAUUUGGCCACCGGCCGCUUCACGGCGCCCGUGGGCGGCAUCUACCAGUUCUCAGCCAACAUCCACAUCGACCACAGCGAGCUGAAGAGCAAAGUGCAGCUGCGAGCCCGGGACAACGUGCGGGUGUUGAUCUGCAUUGAGUCCCUGUGCCACAGACACACGUCCCUGGAAGUCAUUGCUGGGCUGGAAAGCAACAGCAAAAUCUUCACCAUUUAUGUCCAGGGGCUGCUGCAGCUGCAGGCAGGUCAGUACACCUCCAUCUUCGUGGACAACAGCGCCGGCGCCGCCAUCACCGUCCAGACGGGCUCGGAUUUCAUGGGAAUGCUGAUGGGAGCCUAGCUGCAACCCCAAAAUCCCCAAAAUUCCCCAAAACCCCAAAAUCCCCAAAUCCCAAAAUUCCCAAAAACCCAAAUCCCUAAAAACCCUAACGCCUCAAAUCCCAAAAUCCCCAAACACCCCCAAAAAUCCCCAACCCCCCAAAAAAAUCCCCAAAUUCCCAAACACCCCAAAAUCCUAAAAUCCCCAAACCCCCAAAUCCCCCAAAACCCCAAAAUCCCCAAAAAACAGAAAUUCCCAAACACCCCAAACCCCCAAAACCCCAAAAUCCCAAAUCCCCAAAAAACCCAAAUCCCUAAAAACCCUAACACCUCAAAUCCCAAAAUCCCCAAACACCCCAAAUCCCAAACCCCCAAAUCCCAAAAUUCCCAAACACCCCAAAACCCCAAAUCCCAAAAUUCCCAAAAACCCAAAUCCCAAAAUCCCUAAAAACCCCAAAUCCCCCAAAUACCCCAAAUCCCCCAAAACCCCAAAUCCCAAAAUCCCCAAAAUCCCCAAAAAACCCAAAUCCCCCAAAUCCCCAAAAACCCCAAAUCCCAAAAUCCCCAAACCCCAAAACCCCAAAAAUCCUCAAAACCCCCCAAAAUCCCCCCAAAAACCCCAAAAAUCCCCCAAAACCCCUAAAGCUCCCCCCCAGCUCCUCCAGCUUCGCUUCCAGAAUUUGCCGCUGCUUUUCACCGGAAUUCUCCUUUUUUUUUUUAAAUUUUAUUUUUAUUUUCCAUCCAUCCCGCAGAAAUGUUGGGAAUAUUUAAUGACGUAUAUAAUUAUAUAUAUAUUAAAAUAUAUAAUUAUAUAUAAUAAUAAUAAUUAUUAUUAUUAUUAUCACGCUGA